UCAUUCGCAGAGAGAGAGAGAGAGGGGGAGAGACAAAAAGCAAAGGUGAGAGAGAGAGAGAGGGGCAUCUCAUCCUCAUUCUUCAUUCUGAUUCUUAUCAUCACCAAGUCUUGGGGGGUCUUGCUGUGACUGAGAAACACCAGUUUCUGAUUCUUCUUCCUCCACUCCACUCCACUCCACUCUCAGUCUUUGCAUUUUAAGAAACCAUCGACUCAUAGGACCCACUCACUUUGUGGUGAGUCCCCCACUCCCCCGACUCGAAUCUCUCUUCCCCUCUUCUUCAUCUUUAAGAUUUUCUUUUUCUACGAUUUUUUAUUGGAGAAAAUCAUCCAUCCUUUUCGAUCUCUCACAUUUUUGGUGUUUUCCUUUCUACUCUCUCUCUCGUAGUCGUUGUGCGUGCUUGUGUGCGUAUUUCGCAGAUUCACCCACUGGUUUUGAAAUUUGAUUCCUCUGAAAAGAUUGGAAUCUAUGAUGAAAUAAUAUGAUUCUCUUUAUCUUUCUUUUGAAGAUUUGGUGGCAAAAAACAAAAAUCUGACUACUUUUUUUUAUUUUUAUUUCCUCCUCCUCCUCCUCCUCCUCCUCCUGAGUGAGUCCUGAAUCAUAUAUAUGCCUGCAGCAGCUCUAAUGAAGCGAUUGAAGCUUCUUUGUUUGUUUCUUAGGCUACUUUUCUCGGAAAAUGUAAUCUUCGUUCAAGCCAUGGGAAACCAGUUACUUGUUUUUUCCCUCACUUGAUAAAUGUGGAGUCCUUGCCCAAAAAUUUCUAGUCUUCGGACUCGCUACUCUUCCUAAUCCACUGUGACUUCUUCCACCUUGUCCUACUCUUUGGAAAUCAAUCCGAGAGAGAGAGAGAGAGAGGGAGAGAGAGAGAAAUUCACAUAACAUCCCUCAUGAAUCUGUAUAUAUAGGUUUUGAUUGAUUUUUGAGCUUUCACUUCACAUGUUGAUGUCAAGGUUUGUGGUUUCUAUGGAGAAAGCUAAGUAUGCAACUCUGGAGCUGGUCUCAGUGGUAAUUUUGUGCUUAUGCAACGCCUCUGCGCAAGUGCAAUGCCAAAAGAGGUCCUCAAUUAAUCAUGUCUCAGCAGAAGCAGAUCCUCCAUCUCCAUCUCCAUCUAGACUACUAGUACCACAACUCAGAAGCAGGUUUCAAAAGAUCAUUCUCAGCAUUUUAUUCGGAAUCAUAACAGGAUUGAUUUGCUCUCUUCUUUUCGCUUGCAUAGUUCGAUGCUUCAUUCGUUUCAUAGCCAGAACCCCAAUUCUCAAAGGCCCAGUCAUAUUUUCCCCCAAAAUCGCUCCCAAAACCCUCCAAUCAGCUCUCGCAAACGAAACCGAUAACCAGUUGCUAGGUUCGAGCCCCAAUGGCAAGUACUACAAAACUGUCCUUGACAAUGGUCUCACAGUUGCAGUCAAGAGGCUCGAACCCUUUGAACAUGGGUCUCCACAGAUUCAGAGCAAGUCGGUGAAGAGGCGUAUGCAGCAGGAGCUUGAGAUGCUUGCUAGCUUGAGGCACCGGAAUUUGAUGAGCUUGAGAGCUUUUGUUCGCGAAUCCGAUAGGUUUUGUUUGGUUUAUGAUUAUGUGCCCAGUGGGAGUCUUCAAGACUCCAUGAACAGAGUGAGGGAAAACCAGUUGCAGCUUAGCUGGGAAGUCCGGCUUCGAAUCGCAGUUGGGAUUAUUAAGGGGCUCCAGUAUCUUCAUUUUAGCUGUUCACCUAGUGUUUUGCACUACAAUUUGAAGCCAACCAAUGUGAUGUUGGAUGCUGAGUUUGAACCUAGGCUGGCAGAUUGUGGGUUGGCUAUGCUCAUUCCCAACUUGGAUAGAGCAACAUCCGGGUAUGGUGCUCCAGAGUGUUUCCAGAACUGCAGGUAUACUGAUAAGAGUGACAUAUUCAGCUUUGGGGUUAUACUGGGCGUCUUGUUAACUGGUCAAGACCCAAUGGAUACAUUCUUUGGGGAAGCAGCCAGUGGGGGAAGUUUGGGAAGGUGGCUUCGGCAUCUGCAGCAAGCAGGGGAGGCACGAGAAGCAUUAGAUAAGAGUAUUCUUGGGGAAGAAGUUGAAGAAGAUGAGAUGCUGAUGGCAGUGAGAAUUGCUGUCGUAUGCCUAUCUGACUUGCCCGCUGAUCGACCUUCAAGCGAUGAGCUUGUUUCUAUGCUUACCCAGCUGCAUAGCUUCUAAUGAAAUGUGGUCUGUAAUUUUUUACCCCUUGUGUUCAUCAGAUUAGAGUGGUUUUGAGUCUUUGACAAUGCAGCUUGUAAUUUUACAUGCUUGAGGGUUAAACUAGUACUGCUUCUUCUUCAUCAUGAAGUGGACAUUGUACUGUUAAAAAAGAUUUUAAAGAGGGGACAUUGAUUAUUUAAUAAAGUUUGUCGUUAUUGAA